AUGUCUUCCGCAGAGAACCAACACCACGCCUUUCCGGCCAUACCUCCAUCUCUCUCCGCUGGCGACCACGAGAUGCGAAACUACUACACCGCGCAGGACGCGCCACGACCUACACCAAACCAAGCGCCAUACCUCACACCAUACCUCGGCCUUCGAGCUAGACUCUCGCAGAUAUGGAUCAAUCGCUGGACCAUUCUCCUCUUCCUCGUACUCGUUCGUACCCUAAUCGCCGUUCAGAGCCUUGACGACAACCUGGAUUCCGCCCGCAAGCAGGCACUUUCGGCAUGCACAAGCGUCGAAAGCAUGGGCAGCGCCAUGGCAUCUAUGCCUCAUUACAUGUCACAGGGCGUUAAUGAGAUCACUGCCAGCGGCGUUGAGAAAGCAGUCAACGGGCUCAUGUCCAUGCUCGACAUGGCAGUCCAAGGCGUCGGCGAGAUCGUAAUUUUCAUCAUUGGCAUGCUCACCAACACCUACCUCUGCCUCAUCACCCUCGCAGUUAGGGGCAGCUUACACGUGGCUCUUGAACUCGUCGAAGAAGUUUCCAACUUCCUGAACAAGACGCUGGAUGGCGUUGGUGACGACAUCGCUGAUGUCGCCGGCGGCCUCCAAGACAAGAUCAACAGCGUCUUGGGACUUUUCACGAGUUUUCCAGGAAACAAGCAAGACAAGCCUACUGUCGACUUCGGCAAACAGAUCGAUGUUCUCCGAAACCUCCAACUGCCGUCGGGCCUCCAGGACGAUCUCGAGAAGCUCAACAACUCCGUACCGACCUUCGAAGAAGUCAAGAACUUCGCGGAGGGCGUAAUCCGACUGCCAUUCAACGAGAUCAGGAAACUGAUUAACGAGACAAUGGAUACGUACGAGUUUGACAGAUCCGCUUUCCCGGUACCUCAAAAGGAACAGCUCAACUUCUGCUCAGAGAGCAACGGCAUCAACGAUUUCUUCGACGGCCUCGUCGACAUCGAACAGGUGGCCCGGAAGGUCUUCAUAGGCGUUGUCGUAACUCUUGCUAUCCUGGUCUGUAUCCCGAUGGCUUGGCGAGAGAUCAAGCGCUGGCGCCUCAUGCAACAACGCGCACAGCUGAUCAGCAAGAACGCAUUCGAUCCUAUGGAUGUCGUUUACAUCUCCUCCAGGCCGUACUCAUCUACCAUCGGUAUCAAGAUCGCCAACCGCUUCAGGUCCACUCGCCACCAAACUCUGGUUAGGUGGGCUGUCGCGUACGCCACGUCUACGCCAGCCCUUUUCGUACUGUCACUGGGAGUCGCAGGGCUGUUCGCUUGCCUUUGCCAAUACAUCCUUCUCAAGUCUAUCGAGAAGGAGGUGCCGGGCCUUUCGAAUCAAGUGGGCGCUUUUGCGGAAAAGGUCGUGUUUGCAUUGAACAACGCUUCGACAAGCUGGGCGAACGGAACCAACACUGCCAUCACCAACACGAACCUCGAGAUAAACGAUAAGGUCUUUGGCUGGGUUGAGACUAGCACCACCGCUGUCAACGACACACUCAAUGCAGUUGUUGGCAACAUCACUACGGUGCUGGAGAAGGCUUUCGGUGGCACUCCGCUAGAAGAGCCUGUCAAGGGUAUCUUCAAGUGCCUCGUUGAGCUUAAAAUGCAAGGCAUUCAGCAGGGUCUCACAUGGGUGCACGAAAAUGCUCAUGUCAAUUUUCCGUUGAUGCCUGCUGAUACCUUCUCGAUCGGCGCUGCUGCCUCAAUCGCCAACGACUCGUCCACUGAUUCCUUCCUAGCCAACCCAGGUACCAAGGCCAAGGACGAGAUUACAGAGGCAGUCCAAUCCCUGAUCCGAAAACUCUCGAACGCCAUUGCCGAAGAGGCACUCAUCUCGACCUGCAUCAUCCUCAUUUGGUUCUUCAUUUUGUUGAUUGGCAUCGCCCGUUCUGGCGCGCUCUUUUACGGUCAUGACAAGACCCGCGCAGAGGGCGGUCAAGCUCACACUAUCGACCCUGCCACCGACGACCGACAAGCUCGGAACCACGAUUUCCAGCUGUACCGCGGAGACGAAACUGCUCCUCCGUACGAAUACGACACCCCGCUUCCGGUCAACAAGGCUGCGCCGUACACAAUCACCCCUCGACCUUUCCCCGUCUUCGGCCCACAAGAUGCAACACAACCUGGCUCGAACGACGAAAAGGUCGGUGAAGUCGGCGCGCGUAGCGUCGGGACUUCCGUUCAGCGUCCGACACACGCGCGGGCUAGCAGUUAUGGAAACCUUGGGGGAACGACACCGAUAGACGGGAAAUCCGCGAAUCCAUUUGCCGACCAGCGCCGCUGA